AUGACGGAUCCCGAGCGUCGACGCAGAAGGCCGCCCGUCUCCUGCUCUCUUUGUAGGAGACGGAAGAUUCGAUGCAAUCGGGAGAACCCUUGCAACAACUGUAUUAAGUCCGGAAAGAGUCCUUGCGUCUAUGAGAACUGUGCCUCUCUAAGCCAUGGCCAAAGAAUCAGACCAGUCCCCGCCCGUGACGUUGGGAAAGCUGCUUCCCCGUCACGGAUCAACGACGAUUCCAGUGCAAGCAGAGCGUCGGCAGUGCCUACUAUUAGUCUGCCCAGUUCUUUAAUAACCAGCUCAGCAAGUGGAUCAACUGCUACCAGCCAACCUUCUGCCCAGGACGCGGAAUCCAUGAAGAACCGAAUUCGACAACUCGAGGACCAGCUGGCUCAGGUUCUAUCUCAUGGGUCCACUCAGUCUCCCGCCUCGGUAUCAAACUCAAACAUAGAUACAAUGGCCUCGGAGUUAUAUGGUACCUUCCAUAUCCAGCGUGAAAGCCGUGGUCAGCCUCAUGCGAUAAUCAGUGGUGUUGCGCACAAAACCCGCCUGUUUGGCCGAAGUCAUUGGAUCCAGGGUAUUGCCUCGGCCUUUCGAGAUGUUCUCGCAAUGACGGCGAAGAAUCUACACGGCAAGUCCAAGGCUUCGACGGGUAUACAACAGUGCAAGUCCUUGGCAAGGGUCAUCAAAAAACAGCGGGCUCCUCCAUGGCCUACAAUGCCAAAUGUUAAUCUACCCCCUAGAGCCGUUGCUGACGAGCUCAUCGACUGCUAUAUCCGGACAAGUGAAACUAUCUAUCGAGUCCUGCAUUUUCCGACGUUCAAACGUGACUAUGAGGCUCUCUGGCGCUCAGAAACCGAACCUGAUAUGGAAUUUCUGGUCCAACUUAAACUCGUCUUUGCCAUUGGAGCUACUACGUACGAUGACACAUUCUCUCUGCGGACAUCGGCUGUUCACUGGAUAUACGAGGCUCACACCUGGGUAUCGCAACCCGAGUUCAAAGCAAGACUCAACAUCCAGGCUCUGCAAACAAGCAUUCUUCUAUUGUUCUCUCGAGAAGCCGUGAACGUAGGCGGACAUUUGACCUGGAUCGAAGCUGGCUCGCUCCUUAGAGCGGCUGUGUCUAUGGGGUUGCAUCGGGAUCCUAUACAUCUGCCAGAGAGCUUAAACUUCGCGGCCGAGAUGCGCCGAAGGCUUUGGAACACCAUUCUCGAAAUAAAUAUCCAGUUCAGUCUUGCCUGUGGAGGCCCCCCAUUCAUUACCCUAGAAGACUUUGAUACCAGACCUCCUGGCAAUUUCGACGACGAGCAGCUUCUUGCCGAGGACCCUUCGCCUAGACCAGAAACCGUUUUCACUCAGGUAUCCUUUGCAAGAGCCUUCCGGGAGACGCUUCCGGUUCGUUUAACAAUCGUCAAAUUCUUAAAUGACCUCGAGAGCCAAGGCUCAUACGAGCAAACGCUCCGGCUCGAUACCCAGCUAAGGGCGUCUUUCAAGGCCAUGUACCGAGUCAUCCACACAUAUCAUUCAAACAUGGAUCCCUCUUCUCCGUCUCGGUUCGGGAUACAAGUGAUGGACUUGAUGCUACAGCACUACGUAUCGACUCUCCACGCCCCUUUUUACGGCCAGUCAUUGAACGAGACAGCUUAUGCAUACACCAGGAAGGUUGUAGUUGACUCUUCGCUCAAGGUAUGGUUUACAGUGCAGCCAAGCACAGGCGCCAUGGCCACCCAGUCGCGCAGCAAUACGGCCCCCUUGCCUUUGCAUAAAGAUCUUGCCAGACUGGCUACCUGCGCGAAUGGAUUCUAUCGACUGCUCUCCAUGAAAUCUGCCAUGCUUAUCUCCAUGGACCUCAAGGCACAGCUGCAAGAGGACGAUAGUCUAAGCCCUGUUCCUAUACGACCAGACCUGCUAUCCGUGCUAUACGAGGCUAAAGAUUGGGCAUUGCAAUGCAUCGAGGUCGGAGAGACCAAUAUCAAAGGCUAUCUUUUUGUGUGUGUUGCUGUCACACUGAUCGAAGCCCUAAUGCGACGCACCGUGAAAAAUGAGAUUCCAGGGCUAUUGGUCAAAGCUGCCGAGGGUGCUGAAGAGAAGUGUCUGCCGAUACUCCGGGGGAUGGUAUCUCGGGAUCAGGCUCAAGACACCUCACCAGGUGAGCUUCUUGAGAAGGUGUCUUUGGAAUUCCCAGCCAAUGAGAUGAUGGAAGACUGGGACUUAUUGGUAAGUGUUGUAUAG